AUGAAGAAACUAUGCACAGUGUGCCUAGAAUGUGUUGAUCGCCAUUAUUGGCACAUGAAAGAUCAUGAUUGGUGUUUUCUCAAGGUUAUGAGUCUGAGUAAUUUCAAGGAUGAAAUGGCCAUACCAGAUGAGUUCACCACUAAUUUCAGAGGUCACAUUUCUGAUAAAGUCAAACUAGAAGUACCUGAUGGCAACAUUUAUAAUGUUCAGGUUGCCAAGGAACAGGAUAAGUUUAUUCUUCGAUCAGGGUGGGUGGACUUCACUGGUGCUUAUGAACUUAAACAGUACGACUCCCUGUUCUUUAUAUAUAGUGGGGACUCCCACUUCAAAGUUCGAAUCUUAAAACCAAGUGGUUGCGAGAAAGCGUUGUCAUGUGUUACAAUGAGCUGUGGUCCUAAUGUCCAAGAAAGGGUCAUUUGUCAUGCUAUAUCACUACCUAGCAUAAAAAGAUGUAGAAAUGACAAUUUGACGGACAAUUUGAAAACUGCAAAGGUUACUCCAACGGACUCACCUUCGCAGAAAUCAAGUUCAGAAAUGAACAGUUGA